AUGGACUAUACAAACCCAGUAUACUUCGCCGGCGCUGGCGCCCAGCCGCCGUACCACUUCCUCGGUAUUCCUCCCCUCACCCCUUCGCAUUCAAACUCGGCCGUUUCGGACGACUUCAACAACGCCUCUCCACAGGGGCAGGAACUCUUCGAGCAAUUUCAGAACGGGCUCCCUGACCAGUUCCAGAACUUCGAGGCCUUUACCCAGUUCAAUGCUCAAUCAACAACCUUUGCCGGGCCCCCGACCCCGCCGACCCAGCAGCUUCCUCCGACUGCGCAGCCCAUCAACGGCUCCAUACACCUUCAACAUCAGCAGCAGUCUACAUCUGACCUCCUACAAUCCCUUAACAAUGCCAAAGGAGAGCCUGCCGACGAAGCCCGAGCCCGCAGACAGGGCUCAAACUCUGAGGAAGACGAAAACCUGACGCCCGCUCAGUCAAGACGGAAAGCCCAGAACCGCGCCGCUCAACGAGCCUUCCGCGAACGCAAAGAACGCCACGUCAAAGAACUUGAAACCCGUCUACAACAACUGGAGGAGGAAGCCCAGCUGAGACAGUCGGAAAAUGAGAAGCUGAAACAGGACCUCCAAAAGGUCAGCACCGAGAACGAGAUACUGCGGGCUACAUCCUUGGCGGCCGCCGGUGCCGCCGCCGUCGGGUCUCCUCUAGGGAGCGCCGGGACGCCCCUGACGACGGGCCCCAUGUCCUACAAGCCGACGGACUUCUACUCGAACCUGCUGGAGAACCACAACGAGAAGACGCUGAGCCACAGGGUGGUCAAGAGCGAGAGCGGGGAGCGCCUGUUGGCAGCCGGUGCGGCUUGGGACCUGAUGCAGAACCAUGACCUUUUCAGACGCGGGCUGGUCGACAUUCAGGCUGUCAGCGAGCUGCUGAAGGGGCAGGCCAAGUGCGAUGGCCAAGGUCCGGUAUUCGAGGAAAGCGCCAUUCUGGAGGCGAUCGAGCAGAGUGCGGCAAGCGGGAGUGACGAGUUGCUUUGA